AGGAGGGGAACGGCGUUGGAGGCUGCCAUGGGAGCCCGGUACAACGUGUUUUGGCAGCGCUGGGAGUGGGGAUGUGGUGUGGUGACCGUGUGCAUGCAUGAUCGGAAAACGUAGCAAACAUGAAACCGUGACUGGAGUGAAACUGUGACAUGGUUUGACAAUGAAAAGGUGAAAUGAACGAGCUGGUACAGGGGCAGCCGUGAGGCCCUGUGCUGUACCGUAUGACAAGACUCACAGUUUAACGGGCAAAACGGGACCCGCAAGGAACCAGGUGAAGUCGGACGGAUGGAACCGGAAAGCUCCAAAUCCUGGACCCGCAAGCAAUGAACCUCAGAAGAAAAACAGCAACUCGGCAGCAGAAACUGAGUGAUGUGCCCAUUGGACUGAUUCCUUGAGCGGUCUCAUCUUUGUUUCCACCUGAAAGAAGUCCUGGGCAUUGAAGAUCCAGGGUGGGGGUCUGUCCCUCUACAUGUCUGUCCAACCAGUGGACAUCGGAAUGAACCUUCCAACCCAGUCUGAUGGUGUUAAGGGGCGAGAGCCAGCGUUGGAGCUCCUCAGCCGGGCACAGGGGCAUGCGAUGCCCGCUGCAGCAGUGGAGGUUACCCCUCUACUUUCUGCAACAGUGCCCUCUCCAAACAGCCUCCCCCCAAGUCCCGGGGAGUUGACACAAGAGUCACGGGCAACAAGUGGUCCCGGAGUGCCCAUGGACACCUUGAGUCGGGAGCAGCAGCUUCAGCAGCAACUUCUUCUCCUUAAACAACAACAGCAACUUCAGAAACAACUUCUUUUUGCCGAAUUCCAAAAACAACAUGAAAAUCUGACAAGACAGCAUGAGGUCCAGAUCCAGAAACACCUCAAGCAACAGCAGGAGAUCCUGGCGGCCAAGAGACAACAAGAGUUGGAGCAACAGAGGAAAAGAGAGAGGCAGAGACAGGAGGAAGCUGAGAAGCAGAGGCUGGAACAGCAACUUCUUAUACUGAGGAACAAGGAGAAGAGCAAAGAAAGUGCCAUAGCCAGCACAGAAGUAAAGCUGAAGCUUCAGGAAUUUCUGCUCAGCAAAUCUAAGGAGGUACCAGGCAGUGCAAACCAUUCCAUCUUACAGCACCCCAAAUGUUGGGGAACUCACCAUACCUCACUGGACCACAGUUCCCCACCUCAGGCUGGGUCUCCAGCUACACCUCCUUCAUACAAGAUGCCUCUUCUGGGAACCUGUGAUGGCCGAGAUGACUUUCCCCUCCGCAAGACUGCUUCGGAACCAAAUUUGAAGGUUCGCUCACGGUUAAAGCAGAAGGUUGCAGAAAGGCGCAGUAGUCCUCUUCUCCGUAGGAAGGAUGGAACGGUCAUCAGUGCUUUCAAAAAGAGGGCUAUUGAAAUUCAGGUUUCUUCUGUAUGUAAUAGUGCCCCCGGAUCAGGACCUAGCUCUCCAAACAGCUCGAAUAGUGCCAUCUGUGAGAAUGGGCUGACAGGGAGUGUGCCUAAUAUUCCCAGUGAGAUGCUUCCUCAGCAGAGAGUUCUCACCCUCGAUGGAACGGGAGGGCCACUGGGGCUAUACACAUCUCCCUCACUACCCAAUAUCUGUCUGCAGGGAAGUGCCAGCAACCUCAGUGGCCAGUUCACCCCUCAGGAGGGAGCAGAGCGCCAAAGUCUACGACCUGGUGGACCUUUCCUCAACACCAGCUCACUCUCCACACUGGAUGGAGGGGAGAUAACCCUGGGGGCUCCUUCUCUCCUGCAGCAUGUACUGUUAUUGGAGCAAGCCAGGCAACAGAGUGCCCUUAUAACAGUUCCACUCCAUGGCCAGUCACCCCUGGUUGGGGGAGAACGUGUGUCCACUUCCCUUCGCACAGUUACAAAGGGCCCACGACAUCGUCCCCUGAGCCGCACACAGUCCUCCCCUCUCCCACAAAGCCCCCAAGCUCUCCAACAACUGGUCCUUCAACACCAGCACUAUCUUGACCAACAACAGCUCAGCAAAACCGUGGAAGGAAUACGCCAGCCACCGACCCAUCCUGAAGAAACAGAGGAGGAAUUGACAGAACAAGAUAGUCGUGAGAGGUGUCGGGCCAUCUUCACCCUGGAUGGAGGAACAGAGAGUGAAGAGACACAAGAAGAGGAAGAAGGAGUGGAGGAUGAGGAUGAUGAUAGUGAGGGACGGACCAAUGGUUCAGAACAUGCAUUUAAAAAGAUGUUCCCAGACACCCCUUCUCUGUAUCAGGGUUCCCUUCCUCAUUCAGCUUUAAGUCGCACACAAUCCUCUCCUGCAGCGCCGCUCAGCUCCGAGUCACGACGCAGAGUUCUCAGCACCACAGGUUUAGUCUACGACACUCUGAUGCUCAAACACCAGUGUACGUGUGGGGAUACCAAUAACCACCCAGAACAUGCUGGGAGAAUACAGAGUAUCUGGUCCCGUCUACAGGAGACUGGUCUACUAAGCAAAUGCCAGCGCGUGCGGGGCAGGAAGGCCACGCUGGACGAGAUUCAAACUGUACAUACAGAGCACCACACCCUCCUGUAUGGGACCAGCCCGCAAAGCCGCCACAAACUGGAGAGCAAGAACCUACUGGGGCCACUCUCCCAGAAGAUGUAUGCAGUGCUCCCUUGUGGUGGCAUCGGGGUGGAUAGUGACACAGUAUGGAAUGAGCUCCAUUCUCCUGCUGCUGUCAGAACAGCUGUAGGAUCUUUGCUUGAGAUGACAUUUAAAGUAGCAUCUGGAGAACUAAAGAAUGGAUUUGCAGUAAUCCGUCCACCUGGACACCAUGCAGAAGAGUCCGUUGCCAUGGGUUUCUGUUUUUUCAACUCUGUAGCCAUUGCUGCCAAACUUCUCCGUCAAAAGAUGAACAUUGGUCGUAUCCUUAUAGUUGACUGGGAUAUUCACCAUGGCAAUGGAACCCAACAAGCCUUUUACAGUGACCCCAAUGUCCUGUAUGUGUCUCUCCACCGUUACGAUGACGGGAACUUUUUCCCUGGCAGUGGCUCUCCAGAAGAGGUGGGUGCCGGCAGUGGGGUUGGAUUUAAUGUGAACAUUGCAUGGACAGGAGGAGUGGAGCCACCUCUGGGGGAUGCUGAGUACCUGGCUGCUUUUAGGUUGGUGGUCAUGCCUAUUGCUCAGGAGUUCAAUCCAGACCUUGUCCUUGUCUCUGCUGGGUUUGAUGCAGUGGAGGGUCACCAAAGCCCACUUGGCGGCUACUCUGUUACAGCAAAAUGUUUUGGACACCUCACUACACAGUUGAUGUCUCUGGCGGGGGGUAAGGUUGUCAUGGCUUUAGAAGGAGGACACAACCUAACUGCCAUCUGUGAUGCCUCUGAGGCUUGUGUGUCUGCACUUCUGGGCAUGGAGCCUGCACCAUUUGAUAACAGUGUCAUGCAGCAGAGACCCAACGCCAACGCAGUGACCACUCUAGAGAAAGUCAUCACUAUCCAGAGCAAGCAUUGGAGCUCCUUAAAAAACAUUGCUCUCAGCCACUCCAUCUUGGAAGCACAACGAGGUGAGGUGGAGGAGGCAGAAACUGUUAUCGCCUUGGCAUCAUUAUCCGUAGAUACAGAGCAAAGCAAUACAGACUGUAUCUCCAGACCAUUGGAAGAGCCCAUGGAGGAUGAGCCGGUGGCCUAAUCCCCUUCUUGGGGACUCCACACACCACAAUCCUUUUUUUAUUUUCCUUUCUUAGUUUUUGUUAUGGUGAUCGGUUUAUUUUUUCUAUUAAAACCAAGAAACAGACAAAAAAAAAAAAACGAAAGAAAAAAACAAACAAAAAAAAAAACGCCAGAAAACUCAAUGGGUCAGAUGUCAUGUGUCCCAGUGGGCAAGACUAGCACACCCUCCCUCCCUAUCCUCGGGACCCCUCACUUACACACCAUGCUCGGUCUGGUCUCCUCACUAAAUGCUACUGCCAAUGUCUCAUUGAUCUGUGCCUCGUACAUCACCAAUGCACGCAUAAGGUCCCUUUAAUUGUGCCACAAAUCUCAGAGUGUACCCAUCACCUAUCCAGUCAGCCAUGUUGUGGUCCGAACUGACUGAGGACUAGGAGCCAAGGAAGCAGCUUGAUGAAUAUUGUUUGCCUCACAAAAUGGUUACUUCCAAUGGGUUCAGGCAACAUAUGCACUUUAUUGACACCCCCUCCCCCCGAUCGGUUCUGACAUUUAUUCUAUCAAGACAAAAAAAAAAGGGAUACUAUUUUUUGUAGACUCCUGAAAAUCCCCAUUUGCGAGAGUACCAAUAUUUAAAAUGAGCUUCCUCAGGGUUUGGAGAGAUUGCUGCUUAAACACAGGUAUUCCUAACCUUAAAGGGGUUGGCCAGUUUCCUAUAUCGUGGACUUAUCCUGAGGAUAGGUCAUCAAUAUAGGAAACUGGCCAAACCCUUUAAAUGUGAAGGUACACGUGAAUUAAUAGAAACUGCGAUAAAUAUGAGAGCCUAUAGGCCUCAUCUAAACAGCCAAAAUGCUGCCUUGUUGACCAUAGCAACCAAUGACAUUUCAGCUUUAAUUUUCUAACCUGCACUGGGAAAAUGUAAGCUGAAAUCCCAUUGGUUGCUAUUGGCAACAGCUGCUCUGCACCAGUUUAUAUAAAUGAGACCUAUCUUGUAGAUUGGGAUUUAUAAUACUGGCGUAUGAGGAUGCGUGGAAGUCGUUCAGGACAGUCUUUACUUGCUUUUUUAUGCCAAGAAUAGCAUACACUGCAGCACUGUUCUUGCCAUGGAAAUGCAUUAAAAGAUCUAUUAGAAGUCAAUUGGAUCCAUCAGAGUUUGUUCAGAACCAUGUGGAAAUGGAUCCAGCAGAAUUGUCAUGACUCUGCUAGGUUGGAUUCACACACUGGGGAAGAUUUAUCAAAACUGGUGUAAAGGAAAACUGACUUGG